GAUCGGUGUUGAGGAGCGGCGGUGUAUUUUAAAUUCAUCUGAGGGAUUUUGUGGGUAAUAAACAUUACGGGGCAACGCAAAUAUGUUUACUCCCCGUGUCACCCGUAAUUCCGGUCGACGGCAGUCGUCCAGAGCGGCCGGUAGGAAGAGCCUCGGCGGCACACCGACAGGUCUAUUCUCCCCGCGUCGGACGUCUCUAUCAGCGAGGUCAACCCCCACACGUGUGCAGAGCCUCACAGCAACAGAAUCGGUCAACUUCAAUGUCCAAACUUUCGGCUCGUCCCUACCGGUCAAAGUCAUGGAAGCUUUGACGAUGGCUGAUGCUGAUGACCAGAUCUCUGUGAAGGUGGACGAAAGCGGCUGGGCAUGGAUAGUUUGUGGAGUGCGGCUUAUUAUCUGGAAGAUCUGCCAGACUGCAGUGGCCAAGCUUUCCGUCUGCAAAGAGCUGCAGCUGCCCCAUAGUAAGUACGUCUACACCGCAGACCUCAUCGCCAUCUCCUCCCCCGGCCCGCUGGAGACAGCUCCUGUCCAGUCCAUCUCUGUCCUGGCCGUGGCAUCGGAAGGAAUGGCCCGGUUCUGGCUGAACCUUUCCCAUGAGGGCAAUUACUACGAGACUGACCUCGACGUGGGAGACGUCUGCAACUAUGUCGUUGCUGUCCGAGGUGGCAGCUUUGUUUUAUCCUCAGCGAAGAACCAGCUGCUGAGGGUGAGCGUGGAUUCCUCCGGAAAGUUCCAUUGCAGGGGUCUCCAGCAGGGCCAGGGGGUACUGUCUGGCAUCGGACGUCGCGUCUCCAGUCUCUUCAGCAUUCUGGCUCCACCAGCCAACGACACUCUUCACAGUGUGCUAUGGGUGGGGGAGACUGCUUGCCUUUACACCCUGACCAGCUCCAGUCUGAGUAAAUGGGAAGUGGACGAGAGCUCCGAGCAUCAGGUCCUCAGGUGGGACACCACCCGCGCUCUCACCGAGAGCAUUGCAGACGCCAUCUGGGGGUCCGAGAGCAACUACCAGGAAAUGAGGGAGGGGGUAAGCGUUGCGUACCUGGAUAUGAAGCCCAGCCAAAGCGGUUUAGUUGUGCUGGCAGCAGCCUGGCACCCAUCAGACACACCAUGUCUGGCCUACUUCUGCUUGGUCACCCUGCAAGACAACGGAUCCAGCAUCUUGGACCAGUUCACCGUGGAGAUCACUAAGCAUAACCAGCUAUUUCAGAGCGAGGAGAUGUUGUACAGCACGCGGCUGGUGGUGCCACGUGCGUCCGGCUCCUCUGCCUUCAUCUAUAACGAAGAGCUGGUGUACGCUUGUUCCACAGGCACUAGCCAGGGGAGUCUGCCUGAGGAGAAAAUCUCCUUCAACUCUUAUGGAGACCGAAUGUGUGGCGGGGGCUUCUGCGCUGGUCUGCCCAUCUUCUUCUCUCAGAACAGUGGACUGGUGGCAGUGGUUGCCAGAGAGAGCGCCUCCAUCUUACCCGAGACUAUGGAGGACGCCCUCUGCUCCUCCCUGGCAACUGCUCCAGAGGUCUCAACCAUGGAGACUCCUAUCAGGAUGGAGGCUGUAGCCCAGGAGGACAAAACCAAGCACCUCAAAGCUGCUUUCCUACAGUUUUGUCGGAACGACUUAGUAGGAGCCCAGAGCCUGACAGAUGAUUUGUUCCCCACGGAUGGCGAGGAGGACGCUGAGCUGGACAGCGUGGUGACCCGUAUUAACCUGGACCUGGUGGACGACUACCCUGCCUCUGACCCACGCUGGGCCGAGUCUGUGCCCGAUGAGAGUGCCACCUUCUCCCUCACAUCCCUCAUCAUUCUCCACCAACUCGAGGAUAAGAUGAAGGCCCACGGCUGCUUCAUGGACUUCCUGCUACAGGUGGGCCUCCUUGACCGGCUGGGUCAGGUAACAGAACGCUCCUCCCCCAUGGCAACACGCCUUUUGCUGUGUGAGCACGCCGAAAAGCUGCAGGCAUCCAUGGUUUUGAAGAGCCAUCAUGCCAAGCACACUGAGCUGGUCAACUGGGCCAUUAGAUCUGCUCUGCAGAAAUACCGCACCCCUGUGCCUUCCAGUCUCACGCCAGCCGAUGUCUUCUUCAGAGAGGUGUCCCAGAUCUCCUCAGUGUUUGAGUGCUUGCUGCAGGAGGAGGAACGAAGCCUUAAAGAAAACCCUGUUGACUCAGUCCAAUGGGCUGAAACGGUUCUGACGGUUAACACCAUCUUCAAGGACAUGCUCCACACUGCAGGUCAGUACAGGGAGACCAAGGCAUCGUUGUACAGAGCCUCUGAGAAUGUCGCCACUGAACCCGAGUACAUUCCAUGGACAGCCUCUGGAGGUGUGGGUGGGAUCCGCACUGUCCUCUCCCGCCAGCAUGAGAUCAUUCUGCGCAUGGUCUACCCGUAUGCUGACUCGGAGCUACGUGCCACCCUGUGUGAACAGUUGGUGGCGUUGUUAGACAUUUACUUGGGCGGUUAUGUGGCCCAGCUCACCUCGCUGCAGCAGAGGAAGGGCUCAGGGCCACGGGUAGAGCGCUACAACAGCCUGGAGAUGGAGUACAGCCAGCGGCGGUCCGAGCUCCUGGCCCCAUUAUUGGAGUUGGGUCAGUACUCGUGGGUGGCGGCACUGGCUGAGAAGUACUGUGACUUUGACAUCCUGGUCCAGCUCUGCGAACAGACCGACAACCAGAGCCGCCUGCAGCACUACAUGACCAAGUUUGCCGACCAGAAGUUUGCCGACUUCUUGUUCCGCUGGUACUUGGAGAAGGGGAAGAGGGGCAAGCUGCUGUCCCAGCCGGUGGCACAGCAUCAGCAGCUCGCCAGCUUCCUGCAGGCACACGAGCAUCUCAGCUGGCUGCACCACAUUCAUGUCCAAGACUUUAAGAGCGCUCACAGUACACUGUACAGCCAGGCCAACAUGGAGACCCGCUACUUUGUGAAGAAGAAAACCCUGCUGGCUCUCAGCAAGCUGACUGCCCUUGCCUCAGACAUGCCCGAGGAUGACCUGAACAAACAAAUUGAUGAAAUCGUGGAACAGGAACGCUUCCUCUUGCAUCAGGAGACUCUGCCCAAACAACUUCUAGAGGAAAAACAGCAGAACCCAGACACAAUGCCUCUGUUGAGCGCACACAACCUUAUCAAGUUGUACAUCUGUGAUGACAAUAGGCGGUCAAAUGAAUAUGACUUCAAAAAGGCAUUGGAUCUACUUGCAUAUAUAGAUGAGGAGGAUGCCGUGGACAUCGAGUUACUCAAAUGUGAGAUCCUUGGAAAGGCCCUCAAGAAAGACGACUGGUCUUCUGCUGAUGGGAACGAUGACCCUCUGGAUGCUGCCAAGGACAGCAUCUUCAUCAAGAUUCUCCUCAUGCUCACACAAGAAGGCGUUCCCCUGCAGACAUACCUGCCGGACGUUAAGGACCUGCUGGAGUUCGACGAAUUGGCCAGUUUGAGAUCCAAGCCCUUUUUCGAGUUUGUCCUUCGAGCCAAUUACCAGCAUUACCUGCAGACCCAAAUUUAAUGACACCACCCACCUGUGCACUUUGCUAUCCCCUGCAUUCUUUUUCUUGUGUUUUUUUUAAUUGAUUUGGAGAAAGAUAUUGCCAUUUUUUUCUAAAUAAAUGCUAUAUUUCUAUACUUUGACUCAAGACUACAUUUUUAAGACUUUUUUAACUGUAUGUAAUUUAAGAGCAACGCAAAGAUCUUUAUCACAGUGUUGUCGUGAAUCGGUUUCUUCAGUUAUCUUGCAGAUACUAUGUGCACAUUUCAGUGGAGGGGAUCUAAGGUCAAGGGCUAACCAGUAGCGGUGCUUGUGCAGCAGUAAAGAUUUAAAUGCCUUGCUCAACGGCACACAAGAAAUUUAUAUGAAACGAUAACGCUAAACUGAAACAAACAACCUUAUUUGUCUUUACACAGAUCUUAGAAAUAAAGCUUAGGUUGUGUCAAAACGACGUCCAAUAGAGUGGUUCUGUGUAAAACAAUCCUGUAUCUUCGUCUCAUUACAACUGAAUUUCCUCGCAAGUUUUGUUUUUGUAAAUUUUGUUGUUUCAACUAAAUAUUUGUAUAAAAGUUUGUACACUCGCCUGAGGUGGAUGAACUUAUGUAACUUUCUAUGUAAAAAAAAAAUCCUGGAAUUCAUUGUAAACACAUUUGCUGAAUAAA